AACUCCGAGAUACAGAGGAGAGAUGUUGUUUUAUACAGUGUUUUUUGGAGCAAUGGCUGUUAGUUUUGUAUACUGUCUCAAUGACAUGUCAGAAGAAACCUGUGAAACGUUGCCUUCGGAAAUUCAUUUAACAAAGGAGGAAUACGAUGAGCUUGGCCGAUUGCAAAGGACUUGUAAUGGUGAAGUAGCUGUUAACAAAUGUGAAGGGUCUUGCAAAAGUCAAGUUCAACCCUCCGUUAUCACUCCAACAGGAUUUCUGAAGGAGUGCUACUGCUGUCGAGAAAGCUUCCUCAGGGAAAGAAUCAUAACCCUAUCUCACUGCUACGACCCAGAUGGUGUCAGGUUGACUGGAGAAGGAGACAACGCCAUGGACAUCAAACUGCGAGAGCCUUCAGAAUGCAAAUGUUUCAAAUGCGGUGAUUUUAGUAGAUAGAAAUAUUUUCAGCGGUUAGUUUAAAGUUACUUACGUCUGAGGGCAGUUUCUUUAUGUAAUUUGUUGUAUGUGAAAUGCACAUUUUAUAUUUUCAUCAACUUUUACAUUGGUGCAAUUAUUUUCCUGCAAAUUAGAUGUACUAUUCGGAAGGCCCAUGUAAUGUUUUUUUAUACUGUUGUGAAAUCGACAGUAGAUUUUUCUUUGCAGAAACUAUGUUUGUCCAACUGAAAACACUUGUUGACAACUAUAAUUAUGCAAAACUAGUUUGAUGUGAUUUUUUUGUAAAUUUAUAAAAUGCUUGUGAUCUGAAAAUAAAGUGUAAAGAAAUAUUUUGCCACAAUAAAACGAUGUAUUAUUAUCCGUUGUGUAAUUUCUGUUCAAUGUUAAAAACAGCAAAUGUGUAUGUAGUUGAAGAAUGGAUUAUUUCCUCGAGCUAAACUACAAAAA